GAACUGAGAAGGAAACAAAAUGAAGGCACUGCUCCUGCUAGCGCUGCUGUCAGUGGCCAUUUCGACCAUCGUAGCAGAUCGUGAUGAGGCACUCAGUCUAUUCACGCAGCUGAAGCGCGUCAAGAAGGGUGGACGGCUGUUUGGAGCGGAUGAUGAUUUUGUAUCGCUUGUACAGUCAGAGCUACUGCUCGCCGAGGAAGAGUACGUCCGCGCGUCCAUCAAUGGGGAGUCUUCAAUCCUGAAGGAACUGUCUACCGCCGAGGCACAGACAAGUGCUCCACACUGUGUCGACUUUAUCCGCCAGAAAACGGGACUCAUGCUGAGCCUGGCCGGUGUGUCGUACACCUCCUGCCUGAACCAGGUGGACGAUGCGUUGUUUGAGAAGCUGUCGGAUGCUACGGAUGGAGCAGUGUCACGCGACCAGUACGAUCAGGCCAACGUGCUCAAUGCGUUCCGGGGCGAGAACAUCUUUGUCGAUCCGGCACGUAUACGCAGCAAGCUGCAGGAACGGAUGCGUGCCACACUGAAGCUACCAUCGUUGAGUGCGGAAUCGGUGAAGGAGCUUCGUGAAGAGUUGGACGGAGUGAAGGACCAUUUUGUGGAGUGUAUGACGACGGCACGGGGUGUAUUGGAUAAGGCGCUGGAUGGUACCACGCAGCAAUAUCAGAUUGUGUGUGCGAAAAAGCAACAGUAAGGGCUGAUGA